AUGGCGAGAAGAGCAACCGAAGGUUAUAUAGAUCAAGGAAUAGAUGGAGCCGUCACUUUGGGAGGAGCUUCUGUUGUCGAUUCUACUCCACACCAAUUUGAUGAUGCUCAAUCAAGCGGUUCAAGUGUUGAAGAAGAAUCUGAGGGUGAACCAUUUGACGACGAUAUCAAAGGGUCAUCGGAUGAUCUGAUAGCAGAGCAGCUAUUGAGCUCGACUCUGGAAGAUGAUUAUGAGGACCACGAAGCUGACUGGGAUGUCGAUGAUGAGGAUUGGGAACUAGCAAAUGGAGCUCGUAAUGCUCCCGAUCAGCCUUCAACAUCCAAAACGUCACAGGUCAAAUCCCCUGCCAGCACUGGUGUUGCUAUGAAUCCAAAAGUUGCACAUGAAAGACAGGAGAAAGAUAAGAGUGAUCGAGCAACACAGGAUCAGGUUUUGGAUUCAAGAACGCGAUUGGUCCUUGCCGGUUUGGUGAACAGAAAUGUGAUAGGCAAGAUCGAGCGAUGUGCAAACGUCUAUUUCGCGUCUCCAGGAGUCGCUGUCAAGAUUUACAGAACAUCGAUUCUAAAUUUUCGUUCUCGUUCAAAUUAUAUUGUAGGCGAGCAGCGUUUUAGAAGCGAGUAUACAUCGUCAAAGAACCCUAGGAAGAUGAUCAGGGUAUGGGCAGAAAAGGAGUUGCGAAAUUUACGUCGUUUGGUUCAAGGUGGUAUACGUGCGCCCACCGUUCACGAUGCAUCUCCACGUCUCAAGGAUGUCAACAUUGAAGCCGAACGACUAGAUCCAUUAUACGCGGAAUUGCUCAUUGCAGUGAGACGAAUGUAUCAACAUUGCCAUCUAGUGCACGCAGAUCUGAGUGAAUAUAACAUAUUGCUACAUCAAGAUCAUCUAUGGAUUAUUGAUGUAUCUCAGUCUGUAGAACAUGACCACCCCAAAGCUUUUGAUUUCCUCCGAGCUGAUCUGCAAAACGUGGAAGAUUUCUUCGGUCGGCUUGGCGUCAAAUGUUUGGGACUUCGAAAAGCGUGGGAGUUCGCGGUGACCGAAAAUAUCGGAAUCACUCGUGAAGAAGAGUUAGGUGCAGACGGAGAUGGUAAACUUGCAGGAAUCAUUACCGAAUGGGUUAAACAACCGUCAAGUAAAACGGAUGAUGCCGUGUUCUUGUCAUCAUACAUACCGAGAACGUUAGCAGAAGUUUACGAUCCGGAACGGGAUGUGGAUCUACUCAAACGCGGUGGGGGAGAUGAACUGAUCUAUGCUGGGGUCACGGGUCUCAAAUUAGCCGAUAAGCAAGAACCGGACGAUGCUAAAAAAGAUGUGAAGGAGGUGAGAUUCGAGGAAGAAACCCCCGAGGCUGGUUCAGAAUCAGAGGAGGAUUCAGAUGAUGAACCUUACAGACCUCGAGGAUUUCGACACGAAGAUAAGGAUGCUAAAAAAGAACGUAAGAAAGCCGUCAAAGAGGAGAAUCGAGAGAAGCGGAAGAAGAAAAUGCCGAAGGCGGAAAAGCAAAGAUUAAUGAAGAAGUCCCAAAAAUAG